CGCUCAAAAAAAGAAGUAGAACAAGAUGAUAUCUUCAAGCCUGCAUCAAUUUCUUUCAUACAUAUCACUUCUCUUUUUAGUUCUAACCACAAACCACUUCAUAUCUUCACUCUCAGAAAAAUGUCACCCAGAUGACAAAAAUGCCCUCCUCCAAAUCAAGAAACAACUUGGCAACCCAACUAAACUCUCUUCAUGGGAUCCAACCAUCGACUGCUGCAACCGCACUUGGUGGGAAGGCGUCUCAUGCGACACCGACACACUAACCUACCGCGUCAACUACCUCGAUCUCUCCAACCUCGACCUACCUCAACCUGUCUCUUUUCCACCCUCCAUCAUCAACCUCCCUUUCCUCUCCUUCCUCUAUAUCUCCCGCAUCCCCAAUCUCGUCGGUCCUAUCCCACCAUCAAUCUCCAACCUCUCCAAACUUCAAUACCUCUAUAUCACCCAGUGCAAUAUUUCCGGUGAGAUACCCAACACCUUCUCACAGAUCAAAACCCUCAUAACCAUCGACUUCUCCUACAACAAUCUCUCAGGUCCUCUCCCUGACAUCCUCUCGUCUCUCCCUAACUUCGUUGGAAUAGCAUUCGACGGGAACAAACUCACCGGAACAAUACCGGAAUCAUACGGAUCGUUUACAAAGUCUUUUACCGUGUUGACUAUGUCGCAAAACCGUCUCUCCGGGAAGAUACCUACGUCUCUGGGGAAACUGAACCUUGCGUAUGUGGACUUGUCACGGAACGCGUUGGAAGGUGACGCUUCGAUGUUAUUUGGAUCGGAGAAAGAGAUUCAGGCUAAGAUAUUGCUUGGUUGGAACAAGUUGGCUUUUGAUAUUGGGAAAGUUGGGUUGUCGAAGAAUUUGCAGGCGUUGGAUCUGAGGAACAAUAAAAUAUACGGUAGGCUGCCGGAGGAGCUGACGAAGCUUCAGCGGUUGCAUAAGUUGAAUGUGAGCUAUAAUAACUUGUGUGGUCCUAUUCCAUACAACAGGUUUGAUGAGUAUUGUUAUGCUCAUAAUAAGUGCUUGUGUGGUCCACCUCUUCCCGCUUGCAAGAAUUGAAUCAAUCCAGCAAAAAUGUUAUGUGCUCUUCAUGUUUUUCUUAUGCUAUUUUUUUUUAAAGGCCAAAAGAAAUAUUUAAAUAUCAGUCUGAAGUUUAAGUCAUAAGUCAUGAUUGAUCAUUAUAAUACAAUACAACUAAAUGUAAAGUAAUGCAGUACCACAAGUAUUAAGCUAAUAAUGAGGUUAUCCAAAAAGUAAAACUCAUAAUAGAAAUUUGUUAUACAGAUAACAGAACCAGAGCAAAAAUAAAAGACUUCAAAAUUACAGAACAAGAUUUCCACUGAAAUCGACUCAGACAGAAAAAAUUAAAAUGCAUAGUAUAGCAGUUACUUCCAAACUCACUGAUGCAAUUCUCCACAUCUGUCAAUUAAACUUCCUGUCACCUCGCCUUAAUUAGAACCAACCACAAUCAAAAUAACUUUGA